CUGGGCAAGCUCGCUCUUCUGGCCGCCGAGCCUCCGCCGGCGCCCCACGUCCGAAGCCGAGCGGAGCCGAAGCGCUGGCCACUGUAGGUGCUCGAAGCCGGGUCGGCUGGGCCUCCGCGCACCGACGCCCAUCUGCUCCUCUCCGCCGUCCCGCUCCCGCUCAGGCUCCAGCAGCCGCAGUCCAGCUGCCGCCGAGACCCGGGCGCCGCCGGCCCGCGGGACCAAUGAGAACCCCGCUGCUGCCCCGGGCGCUCCUGGUGCUGUCGCUCCUGAUCCUUGGCUCAGGCCACUAUGCAGCUGGGUUGGACCUCAAUGAAACCUCCUCUGGAAAAAAGCAACCUUUUUCUGAAGACCACCAUGCUGGUGGAGUGGCAGUUUCCUCAGGAAGUGAGAUGUCCUCUGGAAGUGAGGUUUCUCCCAUAAGUGAAAUGCCUUCUAGUAGUGAACUGUCCACUGGGACCGACUAUGACUACUCAGAAGAGUAUGAUAAUGAACCACAAAUAUCUGGCUAUAUUAUAGAUGAUUCAGUCAGAGUUGAACAGGUAGUUAAACCCAAGAAAAACAAGACAGAAGAUGAAAAGAUAUCAUCAGAUAAACCCAGAAGAAAGAAAAAAGGAGGCAAAAAUGGAAAAAAUAGAAAAAACAAAAAGAAGAAAAAUCCAUGUAACGCAGAGUUUAAAAAUUUCUGCAUUCAUGGUGAAUGCAAAUACAUUGAGAACUUGGAGGUGGUCACAUGCAAAUGUCAUCAUGACUACUUUGGUGAACGUUGUGGAGAAAAGUCCAUGAAGACUCAUACCAUGGAUGACAGUGACUUAUCGAAGAUUGCACUGGCAGUCAUAACUGUCUUUGUGUCUGCCGUGAGCCUCACAGCCAUUGGCAUUGUUAUCACAGUUGUGCUUCGAAAACGAUACUUGAAGGAAUAUGAAGGAGAGGCAGAAGAACGAAGGAAACUUCGACAAGAAAAUGGAAACGUGCAUGUCAUAGCAUAGCUGAAGACAAUGACAGCAGGUUGGAAUCACUGCCACAUCACAGCUGGAACUGUUGCACUGGUCCUCCUUUCAGUGAAGAAAGUCGAGCCUUCUGUUCUGAUGGGUUAAAACUGUCAGUUGUCACUUUUUAUGCUAAGUCUUAUUUCUGUACAUAAAGAGAUGCAUAGAGAUAAAAAGUAUUUUUUCAUGCUGUAAAUAAUUUAUUUAAUAUUUAAGAGUUAUUUAUUUUAUGGCUCAUUAAACUUUUUUAA